AUGUCUAUUCAAGUUUCCUUAGACGACACAGAAUUUUCUCUGGUUUUGGAUGCCCUGCAACUCAUGCAAAGUGAGCUAGCUGUGGCUCUUACUAAUCGAUUACUCACCCAUAACCCACCUUCGCCACAUUCAACCAAAGAUGAUCCAGUGGGAGACAGGCAAUACGCAGGUGGAUGUGCUCUUUCGGGUGGCAAGGGAUCUCACCGGAUGCAACCUUACCGUCAUUGCCCUAGGAACUCCAGGAAUUUGGCUAUGGGAGGAAGGUGGACCAUUGGAGAAAACACAGCCCGUUCUUCCAAUGUCUCGGCAGAAGCCUUCAUUGGGGUAAUUGCGGCCAUGGACACUGGUCUUCAGUCGGAUCUGGCCCAGUGGAUGGAGAGUAUUCGCUCUGUGGCAUCUGAGAUUCAGUUGUCAGGUGAUACUGUGACGUCUUUGACUUACCGGUGUAAGGUUUGGGGCGGAAAGGGUGUUGGGUGGAGUUUGAUUUCCAUGGUGAACUACAUGCAGCUAGCAAUGAAAUGCCAGAGUAUGAUAGAUUCAUCCACUACCUACAGCAAUUUAUAUGAAACCCUACCGGUGGACAGACCUACCAUUCGCACCUUUCUGUUCUGGAUUGCCACGGGUUUCAAGUUCAUGCACUUGGCAGCAGGGGGGAUGCAAGCCAACAUGCCCUGGGAAAUUGCCAAGAUGUUGAGAAGGCCAAAUGCCUGCGGUAAGUCCCGCCCAUAUCAGCAGUUCAUUCCUGUACCUGAAAAACCGGAACAGAAAGCGAUUUACGACGACUCUACCUCUAUCAAGACGCUCCCAAAGUUGAUUUCCAUAGAGACAGCCUUUGACCGUGAGGCUCCUGAGAACCGACGCAAUCCGAUUGUUGAGGAGAGUGCAGUAACAAUCACUGACACAGAAGAUUUAAAGGCGAAGCUAUCCAUGUUCUACCCCUCCGGAAUUAAACAACCGGACACCUACAUCAAGAUUCCAAUGUCUAUCCUUCUAGGAGCAUUGGAAAUUCGCAACUUGGAUGGGAGCCUCAUGGUGUUCAUCUGCAAUUUCAUGCCUCCUUCAAUGCAAGAUACCCUUUUCCCAUUACUGAAAUCUGCUUUUGAUUGCCUAGAUGUGUUCAAGAAUCGCACCGUGUUGUCCAUCUCUCAAGAGACCCAGGAUCCUGAGGCCAUAUCACAAUCUGAAGCAAAUGAACUGUUUCGCUGCAUUCACUUUAGCCAUUGGAAUAGAUACGGUCUUUCGGGCAACACGGCACCUGCUGACACGCACCCUCAUGAUUUGGUGGCUACAUCAGGCAGAACUAACCUCACACAAACGCUGCCUUACAUGUCACGCGAAACUUUUGAAUACGAGCAACUGUAUCUCAACAUCCAGAAUAACCUAAGGGAGGUUUUUGAGUGGAUAGAGCAGACAGUAGCUCAUUAUCUUCCAGAUGACUAUACUGUUCUUGCUGAGCUCAUUGAUAUUCUUCCCAAUGCUGGUGGAUCACCGGUAAAACCUUUCUUGUCUCUGGUGGUGAACAUCAACGUCUGCACAAUAGGUCAUUGGGACGGAAAGGACUUUCGACUGUGUUUAGUACUGCCCAUCGGUAACUUUGUAGGGGGUGGACUGGUGAUGAGGGAGCAGGGAGUUGUUGUUGAGAUGCGUAAUGGAGAUUUUGCUUGCUUUAGGUCCGAUGAAACAACACAUUUCAACUUGGACUACCUAGGUGAAAGAGCCUCCUUGGUACUUCAUUCAGAUGGGGAGUUUCAGAAGUGGAGGGAUAAACGUAAUGGUUGGAAGGAUCAUGGGUGCUUCAAUUCCACUUAG